AUUAUUAUUGAUUUAUAUCAUGUCCUAGGCCUAUAUUGCCUGCGGCCAGAACCUGCCAGAGCCAGGAUAAGCAGAAAAAAAGCCAAAAAGUCAGGCUGUCCACGGAUGGCUUAGUCAAGCCUGGGUCUCGGUACCACCGUGAUCUUCGUCUUGAUACCCUCUUCUCUCUCUCUCUCUCUCUCUCUCUAUCUCUCGGUUUUUUCCUUUUUUUCUUCUUCCUCUUCAGUCUCAAGCUUUGGGAUCUGCCACUCUUCCCAAUGGACCCGGGCGAGGGAUCCAGCGACGAGACCUCUCGUAACUCUCGUGCCUUUCUGCUUCCCGGGGAUCCGACCUCACCCAGAACGUCAUAUCUCCAGACUCCCCGGGGAUCGCAGAGUUCGCAUAGCAACCGCCGGCCGAGUAUACGCUUACGCCGUGUACCGUCCGAAUCCUCCGCUCAUACCAUAUCCCACGUUGCGCCUGAAAUCCACGUAAAUGGACUGGAAAUUAACGAUGCCAAUACGACCAACCCCAACCAGGCCCCAAACGAGAUCAGAUAUAACGACAUCAGAUACAACCCAUAUAAUCCGGAAGCGUCCCCGAUCGACGAGGAAGACUCAUGGCAGGGACGUCGACGCAGCAGUUCAGAGCCACGGCCAGGACGAUGGUCUGCGCCGCCCCAAGUCGUCCUCCAGCGACUCCAGACCGGCGACUCUCAGAUGCGCAUGUUUCCCUUGACAGAAGAGACCUCCGCCGCCAGCCUCGUACCCUCACAUGCGCCCGAGCACCUGGCGCCGCCCCCUCCCGCCGCCGGAGAGGGCCAGGAUCACCGCAGUAUGCUGCGUCGCGCCAGCAUGGCUGCCAGGUCGCGACUGAGCGGUCGCAAUAGAGUGUCGACAAUCAGUGGAAACCAUGGGACAGAUCAAGACCAGGGCGCUCGUCGAAAUUCAGCUCUAUAUGACUCGCGGUUCGUUGACUUUCUGGACGUCGUCGACCCGGAGGUCUCGACGCUAUCGACCCUCACCAACGUCCAGAACUCUCUUUUCGUUCCGGAUCUAGGUCGAUACAUCAAUCGUAUGCCGACUUAUACCCUCUCGCGAAGCCCGACGGAUGAGUCUAGCAGCGAUGAGUCUUUGGAGGGGCCCCAGAAGCCGCAGGAGGACGGGCUUUCGCCUGUAGACAAGGACAAGGACCGUGAGACUCUGGAGCGGUCUCUGACUGCCAUUACCUCUGCGCUUUCGGAAAACGAAACUCAAUUCGCGGUAUUACCGGAUAACAGCGACCUGGAAGGUUGGACGGUUGAGGAUAUACGGGAACUGAACGACCACGUCCGCCAUAUGCUGCAUUCCCGUCGGUCCAAAUUCAAGCGUUCUAUGAGAGGCUUCGGGAAAUAUAUUUCGAAACGUAGGUGGUUUGUUCUUCGGCCCUCUACGGAAAGUAUAACUAACCCGCCCUCCUAUACAGCGCUGGGAUUCCUCGUUUUCCUGUAUGCGACUCUCAUCACCCUGUUCGGUCUUGCCUGGGUGCUCUUCUUGAUCGGUUGGAUCAAUGUUGGUGGAAGGCAACUCUACGUUAUCAAUGUUAUCGACAACGUCCUCGUUGCCCUUUUCGCCAUCAUGGGUGACGGUCUGGCACCGUUUCGAGCGGUAGAUACUUAUCACAUGAUCUUUAUAGCCCAUUAUCAUCAUCUCACAUGGAAGCUUCGAAAGAAGCGGGCGCUUCCCAAGCUGCAGAACAAGAAUGACCUCCCGUCGCUACGAGAGACAGAUAUCGAUCUUGAAGACCUGAGGAACGAGAGGGGAGACAAAAAGAACCUGGAAUUUACUGUCUUGAGCCCGCUGCAGCAGAAACGCCUUAUGCACCAUCAAGCCAAGUUCUCGAAGUCCCACACUUUCUACAAGCCACAUGAGACUGUAACCCAUUAUGCCUUCCCGCUGCGCCUUCUGGUUGCUGUCGUGGUUCUCCUGGACUUCCACUCCAUCUUCCAGAUCGCGCUCGGUACCUGCACGUGGUCCAUCAACUACCAUGUGCGGCCUUUCGCUCUCACCACCGUGAUUCUGUGCUGCUCCAUCACCUGCAACAUCACAGCAGGCGUUCUCAUCAUGGUCGGAGACCGGAUGACACGGAAGAAGGACGUUGUCGAGCGGCUUUUCCGCCAGGAGCUGACCGAAGAGGCCAUGAAGAAGAUGGUCAAGAGAAGAAGGAAGGAACAGCGAAGGAACAUCGAAUUGGAGGUCCUACAGCCUUACCCCGGCACGUGAAAUGACCGAAACGUUUUCAACUCGGCUUCUUUGCCAUAUAUACACCUUUUUAAUGACUUCCAUUUCCCACCUUUUAACGAUUCACC